UCACGACGCAGAACACACGUCAUACAGGCGGGACUUAACCGGGAAAAGAAAGUUGGCACACGCCAAUCACGCGCAGCAGUCGCCCCUCAUUGGUCUACCGUUAUGAAUGAGAACAUGUCCAGUUAGCCAGAGCGCAGCAAUCGGUGGAUAACGAACCUGGCAAGCUAACCAGCCAGCCCGUUUGGACUGGGUCUGCGUUGAGGGAUUUGAACAGGUUUCAUCGCCCAGAAGACAGUAAAGCCGGAUGCUGUGACUACCAUGAGUCCCGCAGGUUGCCCCCAUGUCAACAGCUUCAAAGUGGACAACUGGAAGCAGAACCUGAGGGUUAUUUAUCAGUGCUUCGUGUGGAGCGGUUCAGCCGAGACCAGAAAACGAAAGGCCAAGUCAUGUAUCUGCCACAUGUGCGGCGCCCACCUCAACAGACUCCACUCCUGCCUCUACUGCGUCUUCUUCGCCUGCUUUGCCAAAAAACACAUCCACGAACAUGCCAAGAGCAAACGGCAUAACCUAGCAAUUGACCUGCUGUAUGGAGGAAUUUACUGUUUUAUGUGCCAAGACUACAUCUAUGACAAAGACAUGGAACAGAUUGCCAAAGAGGAACAGAGGAAAGCCUGGAAAAUGCAAGGUAUAGGGGAGAAGUACUCGACGUGGGAGCCCACCAAAAGGGAGUUGGAGCUCCUCCGCCACAACCCCAAGAGGAGGAGAAUCACCUCCAACUGUACUAUUGGCCUGCGAGGUCUGAUAAACCUGGGCAACACGUGCUUCAUGAACUGCAUCGUCCAGGCGCUGACACACACCCCGCUGUUGCGUGACUUCUUCCUGUCCGACCGACACAAAUGCGAGAUGCAGAGCAACUCCUGUUUGGUGUGUGAGAUGUCGCAACUCUUCCAGGAGUUCUACUCAGGCCAUCGAUCGCCACACAUCCCCUUCCGUCUUCUUCACCUGGUGUGGACUCACGCCCGUCACCUGGCCGGCUACGAGCAGCAGGACGCCCAUGAGUUCCUCAUCGCAGCGCUGGAUGUCCUGCACAGACACUGCAAAGACGACAACGGGAAGAAAGCCAACAACCCCAACCACUGCAACUGCAUCAUCGACCAAAUCUUCACAGGGGGCCUGCAGUCUGACGUCACCUGUCAAGUCUGCCAUGGUGUUUCGACAACCAUAGACCCCUUCUGGGACAUCAGCCUGGACCUGCCAGGCUCCUCCACCCCAUUCUGGCCCCUCAGCCCCGGGGGAGACGGAUCAGCACUUAACGGAGAGAGUCACACCACUGGAGCCACGACGCUCACAGACUGUCUGCGCAGGUUCACCAGGCCAGAGCACCUCGGCAGCAGUGCUAAGAUCAAGUGCAGCGGUUGCCAUAGUUACCAGGAGUCCACCAAGCAGCUGACCAUGAAGAAGCUGCCCAUCGUGGCCUGCUUUCACCUCAAAAGGUUUGAGCAUUCAGCCAAACUGCGGCGGAAGAUCACAACUUAUGUCUCCUUCCCCUUGGAGCUGGACAUGACCCCCUUCAUGGCCUCCAGUAAAGAAAGCAGGAUGAACGGGCAGUACCAGCAGACCGUGGACCCCUUCAACAAUGACAACAAGUAUAGCUUAUUUGCAGUGGUGAACCACCAGGGGACACUAGAGAGCGGCCAUUACACCACCUUCAUCCGCCAGCACAAGGACCAGUGGUUCAAAUGCGACGAUGCCAUCAUCACCAAGGCCAGCAUCAAGGAUGUCCUGGAUAGUGAAGGGUACCUUUUGUUUUACCACAAACAGUUCCUGGAGUACGAAUAGCUCCCUCCGUUAGCACUGCCUGCAGGAGGAGACGAGGGAUGAUGCAAGGAUUAGUUGCAUGGGAAAAGGUAACAGAGUGACGAGAGAGGCAUGGAAACACAAACACAAGCCUGCCUGAAUCACUCUAGUCGCAACUCUCACUCUAACAUGGAACCACCCUUACGACAUACUAAUCUAGUUCCACCGUACGACAUUCAAGAAAGAACUGUCUGCUGUGCAGGAUAGUGCAAAAGUCCAAGAAUCCAACUAAAUGCAAGAAAUUUGGAAGGGAGAUUUGUAUGGGCCCUGAAGGAAUAUCGCGUACUUGCAAGUUUUUCACUUGAAUUCAGGGGAUGAAGAAGAAAGCAGCUGUGAUAAUCUGCCAUAAGAAAGAAAUUACUGCAGAAUCAGCCUGUGCUUGCUCUCAGAAAGAGGAAUAGUGUCGUAUCCCUACUUUUUUCUCUUUUUCAGACAGGCAGAUUUAUUUGGGGGAAGGUUUACUUGAUCACAAAUGCUGUUCAUCACCACCGUCCUGUUUCAUGCUCGCACAGCUGCAUUUAGUAAGUCGCAGCCUUCCACAGGGGUCAGAGGCGCUGCUUUAGCACGGAAAGUGAUUUUUACCUAAACUGGCAAUUUGUCUAACACACCCACACUCCUCCAAAUGACCAAAUAUUUCAAGGAUUGAAGUUGUCUUAUUAUGCAUUUUUGUUUCGAAUGCAAAGAGUGGAAAAAAAAUCACCUGACAAAUUAAGUAUUAUAAACAUUGUAUAGAAAGACACUUAAUUCCAUUCAUUACUCGUGAGUUUGUAGUUGUCAGUCAGAUACUUUUAGGAAACAUUUUCUUUAACAAAGACGAGUAGGCAAAGGAUCAGUUAUUUUCUGCAUCUCAUGCUGCUUCCAGCAGUCACGGGGGAAAUAAAUUACACAGGGAAUAUUAUAUUUUUAUACAUGCUGCAAUUAAAACAUUUGUUUAUGGUUGUGCAUUCUCCUUAAACUCACAUUGUUCCGUCUGUGUUACGUUGUGCCGUCAAUCAUGUUUGUUGUUACACACAAAAGCAAAAUAGUGCUGAAAACGUUCAUGAAACUGCUGCUACGGCGGCUUAAAUUUUUUUUUUCCCUACUUAAUUUGGCUACUUUUUGUCACAUUUUUUUGCCAGUACAGAGGCAUAUUCUCCAUGUUCAAGAUAUGUUUUGCCCUUUCAGGUAAAUGGCAAAAAAGAAAUGAAACAAAAGAGCAGAGCGUUAUUCUCAGUUCAGAGUGUGUAUAAUGGGUCAGCAGCUCGAUCCUGCAGUGUUAACCGUCGGCCGCAUGUUGCUCUAAUUUGGUGUGUUUGUGUGUGUGUGUGUGUGUGUGCACGUGUAUGUGCCUGAGAGGGCGGGGGGGGAAGCUCAGUGUAGGUGUGUUUGUAUAAAAUGUGUUAUUGCGUGUAAAGAGAAAACAAAGUGUGUAUGUGUCUUUGUUUGUAUGCACGUGUGUCGUGCGCGUGCGUAAUAUACCGUAUGUUCUUGUACUGAAUCAGUACUUGCAUUCAGCAUGCCGUCUGAGCUGGGUAUCACAGUUUGAUAGGAUUCUUUCCACAUGUUGAUGUAUGUAAAAGUAUAAAUGUAUAGUUUGUAUGUAAGAGACAAAUGUUGAAACCUCAAAGUCAAUUUGUUCUUCUAUAUUGCUGGAUCCGGGCCACGGGGUCGUAAUCGGAAGAAACUUGUCUUGACCCGGUCAGUCAUUCCUCGCACACACAUGUAACUGCUGCAAGAACUGGACACAGUGAUUGACAGACACUCAAAUAAAGACAAAUCUAUAUCUGUAAA